AUGUUGACCCGUGGAGGUAGCAAUCUGUCAUUGCAGUCUGACUGCCAGAAUGCCACCAGUAAAAAGUUUGUUGAUGGAAAUGCCAAGAGCUCUGCUAGAAAACGUGCAACCCCUUCACGGGAACAUGGAGGCCCUCAGUCAGCUGAGGAAAGCAGUGACAAAGGCAGCAGGAAACACCACCACGGUGAAUCCAGAUCUAAUAUGGAGCUGGAUACAUUGGACUACAAGGUAGACAAAACAGAGGACAAAAUUACCUUCCAGGCAUUGAUUAAACAAGCUUUGGCAGAAAAAGUAUCAGUCACAAUAGAGCACUCAGAGUUGAAUCCAGAAAUAAUAGAGAACACCAGGAUUAUUUUGCAGCAGCAGCCUUUGUGCAAAGCUAAAGCUGGCAGUUCAAACCAGGAGGCUACUGCCAAGGCAAGAUCCAAGUCUUCCAGUGUCAAAGUGGAAAUCAAAACCAUUUCAUUUUCUGGUGAUGGAAGUACUUUCAUGCUCAGCAACAAAAAGGAAGAAUGUUCAAGGUGUCAAAGGCAUAACAUGCUGGCGUCUUGUUCCGCUGCUUUAAACAACUGGGAGUGUGACCAACAAACUGACCAAAGUCCUUGGCCUGAAUUUAGGAUUACAACAAAUGACAAGGAGCUGAAAGUUUCCGAGGAAAAUUAUGUUAGCUGCAGGAAUAAUGUUCCAAUUUGUGAACAAAACUGUGACGAGAAGUUCACGUAUGAAGAGAAGUACAACGAUGAAACAUUACACUAUCCCAAAGAUCACCCUUCAUCAAAAGGAUCCUGCAAUUCAUACAUACUUAAACAUGCAGGAGACUGCGCAUGCAAUCCAAAUCUAUUUAUUGAUUGUGCUUUGACUAUCCCACCUCCGAUCGAGUUUGCAGAUGGCAGUGAAGAUAUAGAACUACUCCCUGAGACUCAAGAAAGCGAAUGUUUAAUUCAAGAGAAGCACAACAGUGAGUCUGAUGUCUCACGUGGUACGUCAGCAUGUUGUGAGAGUUACCUUUCUUCCAAUGGGAAAGAAAUGGUAGGAAAUCCAAGGCGCAAGUCCUCCCAUAUCAACGUUAAUCACGAAUGCACAAUCUUCGAUAAGUGGGAAAGAUUAUCUGAAUAUGGUCACAGAGUUCGAGUCUUGGAGCCAUUGGAAUCAAGUUCCACAAAGAAUGAUUUGAGCAAAAUUAAAAAUAGCUGCAGGAACAAUGGCAUUGAUAAUGUAGAAGGGAUAAGGGCUCUUAACAUUCGUCAGAUGCAGCCAACAGUGAGGAGGAAGACAUACCCACAUAGUGAUAGCAUGGAUGUGGCUCUUCAGAUGGAAUGGAAGGAUGUCGCCAACCUGCCUCACCAAGGCCAGCCACAUACACUGCAUAUUCUCCCCCCUUGCUUCACACAGACUCUUCCCAGGAAACAAGGUAAACCAGAAAGAGUUUCCAGUGAAGAUAUGAGGAGUUUUAGAUGUUUUCAAGGAUACACUAACCCAGGCAAACAAAACUGCAAGGAUUCCUGUGACGGGAGUAGAUUCAGCUGCUGGUCAUCAUCGGACACGCUGAGUCCCAUGAAGUCCCUAGAUAGAAGUCCUGAGAUGCAAGGAAGAGUCAAUCACAGCCCGUUUGGGUUUCAUUCAGAAGAGAGUGUUGACGAUGUGUUCUGUCUGAGUCCGAUCGCAAAAUCAGAAUUUGAAGGCAGGACUGAUAUUUUUAGGACGGACUUGUGCCCACAGCAAGUUGCACUCCCUGAAGAAAGAAUGAAAGAUGUCACCAAGAGAGACAUGGAUUCAUGGCAGAGUACAGAUCCCCAGGAGCAAGGAGAUUUCACAGAGAGUGGCUUCGAUGAAGAGACUUUAGAUAGUGACUAUCCCAGUGAGCUUGUUGGAGAUAUUGCUUCAGCAAAUGAGCAAUUUCAGAUACAAACCACACCACUUUCACCAAGUGACCACGCACCCAACAAUGACCAAGAAACUGCAAUUGCAUUUGACACAAUUUCUAAGGUGGAUACUGACAUCAGAGCAAAGACCGAAGAUACAACCACUGAAGUCAAAAGGAGAAGACACUCAGUGACAAUAUUACAAACAGGAGCACUUGAUCAAAUAUCAAUCAUUCAAAAUAACAACCGUAAGAUUGAGACUAUUGAUGCAUCACCACAUUUCUCUGCAUUUAGAGAAUGUAAUGAGGACGACAUGGUAUUCAAUGAGCCUAACAGGGCUGAUAGGUCUGACCUUGAACAAGAAAGUACUUCCUCAGACACUGUGGGAGAUAUUCCGACUUUGCUUGCCACUGAAUGUUUGUCUCGGGUUUCUCUUACUACAUUGAGUGAUGAUUGUGAACAAAAUCAUGAAAAGACGGUUCCUUCGGCUUAUGAAGAAUGUGACGAUGAGCCGCUGAAAAGUAACCACUGCAACACAACUACUGCUAUUCAACAAAACAGCAAGCAACAUAAUAACACAGAAUGUUCACCUCAUCAAGGCGACAAUGCACAGAAUCUCGCGAAAAGAUAUGAAACGUUAAAAACGAACAUGGAUGAAGUGACAAUUCCCACAAGUGAGAAUUGUCUCCUUGAGGAUACACAGCAACAAGACUUUGCAGCACCAAGUGAAAGAGAGAAAGGGGAAAUAAAUUGCCAGAAGUCAGCACAAGCGGAGAAACAAAAUUGUCAACAAGAUCUGAAGGCUGAAGCAAGUUGUCUUCUGCAGCUGCCCAGCAACUCCAUCAAGAGAAGGAUCUGA